UUCAUUCGUGCGUCUCUCUCUACAUGUCUUCUCUUCCGGCCGAUCCGGCGCUGGGCUUUUUCUCGCGUCGAUCGGCGUCGACCUCUCGGGCCGGGCUUCCUGCUUUCAUUCGAGGAACAGGCAAGUUCUUCGAUAAUUCGAUCGGUUUUGGAUCUCGGCCAUCGGAGUUUGAUUAAUUGUUGUGGUAGGAUCGGAGUUUGUCGUCGUCGAGGAGAUGGAUCUUUCGGCAGCAGGAUCGGAUCUAGCUGCCGGCCGGCAGUGAGGAGGGGAAUUCGUUGUGGAAGAGAGAUGAAGUUCGAGUUCCUCAGGAGUACGUUGUUUCCUUGGCCCAUAGAUCCAGAAAGAAAGACGAUCUACUCUAGCAGGAGGGAUCGAGGGUUCUGGAUCUAGGGCCUAGCUACCUCCGGCAGAUCAGCUGAGAGUGUGCAUUCGAUAGAUGCAGUCAAAGAUGUUUCUUCAACUCGGUGGGCACCUUCUUCACACCAUGUGCUGUGAAAGACCGAUUGGUGCCACAACCGAAGAACAGAAAAAUGAUGCAGCAUUAGGAUAUCUUGGGCUCUUGUCCAUUCCAGGCAUUUAGAGGUGAAUCGUGGAAUUAAUUGGCAUGAAGGUCAAAUAACUUAUUUGUUAUGACUUAGAUUUAUUUUAUGCAACUUACUGUAUUGCAUAUAUAGUGUCUUUCAACCUCAGUCAAGCUGACCUUCGAUCUCUCCAAGAUUUAUAAUCCUACCGUGUCCGUGUCCAAUUGAUUUCGUCUCCUCAUGUUAAAUUUUAUUUUGUGAUUUGUGAGGAGUGCGUUGUGGAGAGAUGUUGUUUCUUAAUUGGGGGCUGCUUGGCUUCGCUUCCUAGACUCAAUCCAGUUUCUUCGUUGCUGGCGGCAGCAGUCGAGAUGAAGUAGGGAGCAGCGGACCCUAAGGACUAGCGGCAUGACCUUGGAAUUGGGUUAUAUAGUGUCUUUUAACUUCAGUCGAGCUGACCAGGGAGCAGCCGGUCAUAACCCAUAAGGAACGUUACUCUCCUGUCUUUUACAUCUUAAUUCGAUCUCUCCAAGAGUGUUGAUCACCGUCAAUCGGGCUUUGCUUCCGGGCGCGAGACUCAAAUCCAGUCUCUUCAUUGCCGAGCGCAGCAGCCGAGCUGAAGCAGGGAGCAGCCGGCCCUAAGGGACGGCAAGAAAGGGGCACGGCACGACAUGGCCCGAAGAGGAGCAGAAGAAAAGGCACGAAAAAGUCCGAAAGCACGGUUGGCUUUCCGGCCUUGUGCCGGACUGCCGGGCACGAAACGAGACCAGGCUCGACUUUUUCCCAUAUGAGGCCCGUGGGCAGGCCUAGCACAGUACGAAUCCAUUUUGGGCCGACUCGUGCUGGGCCGGCCCGAUGAAUUAUAAGUCAGAGGGAUGGCUCGCCCUGGAAUCUGUUAAAUAAUCAAGAAAUUUCAAUAAUCUGGGCUCAAAAAAAAAGAAAUUUCAAUAAUCAAUCAAGGCCUCGAUCUUAAUGCAGAAACAGUACUCCGUAGUUCAUUUUAAAACAAAACCGCUGGAAUCUUAACACGGAUCCUAUUGAGGUCUACUCGGAAUCCCAAUGAAGAAAUCUUAAUGAGCAGGUCAGGUCAAUUCACAGGGACGGGAUUGAAUACUGCAUUGGAAGGCCAAGCCGUGGCAUAGAAAUGCAGAGAGGAACUCUAGUUAAUUUCUUGGGGACUUAAUUCGAUUUGUUUUUGGAUGUAACAAAGGCCCUUUUUUUUUGUUUUCGAGGGGAUACAUUACGCGCAACGAAAGCAGGCAAUUAGCACGGUGUCCAAAGUAAAUGAAGAAGUGUUCUUCAAGGAAGAUCAGCAGCUAAUAACUGUGCGUCGCGUGUUCUUCGCAGUUCGAAGAAGAUUUUUAAUUACGGCGGGAUAUUCACAAGAAAGCUAAUUUUUAUUUUUGCAUAUUUGAAAGCAAGGAGUACACUAGCUAGUGGAGCCACAAGUCCACCAUCAAAUUGCACAUAAUUUUUAAAAAGUACGGUUUUCGUUUGACAAAGAAUGAAGCCUCUCAUUUGUAGGCUUACAUAAUCAUGCAUAUAUGUAGUUAACUAACUGACCAGAAACAAUAGAAUAACAAGCUCAAUCAAGGGGCAGGAUCAGAGACUUCGAUGCAUAGUGCAUACAUACCGAUACCAAUUACUACUGCUUCCUGUUAAGUAAAUAUUACGUGUAUCUAUAUAUUUUUUGGUUAUAGAUACAUAUAUAUUUGAAUCACUUAACAUGGGACUGAGGGAGUCCUCGACAGUUGACACCAAGCACAUGAAACAAGACAAUGUAAGUAGUACAAAUUACAAUAGCACGUACAUUUUGCUGGCCCUGCAAAAGCGAGAUCUACCGUACUAUGCCCAUGGUCAAAGGUCACAUCAAGGAAAUCUAUUAACUAGGAGUAACAUAUGCAAAGCCCAAAGCCCUGGAACUAGUUAAUUAAUUAAGCAGGAUUCAACACUCCUAAAUCUUACUAAUAACCACUUGGUAGAUACUAGUCUACUCUACUAAACCCCUGCAUAUCUUAGCUAGGUACUCCUAUGCCAGUUGACGCCAAUCCCCUUCUAAACCCCUGCAUAUCUGAGCAAGGCAGCCCAGCCAGCCAUUCAUGGAAGCUCACUACCCCAAGUACGUCCUGUACGGCGUCCUGAUCGUUGGCUCAUGGCUCGUCUCCUCCAUCCUUCACUUCCAGUUCUUCCACCUCUCCCUCUUCUCCUCCUCUCGCCUCCGCGGCGUUGCGCUUCUCGCUGUCGAUGAGCCGCCCGUCCCCGCCAUCUCACUCAACGCCAGCUUCAUCGGCCUGCCUGAAAAUCCUCCUGCCACCGUCGUCGCAGAGGAUAAUGGCGCGGCAGCGGCGUGCGAGGGGCGUUACGUCUACAUGGUGGACCUGCCGUCGCGGUACGAUGUGCUGAGAGACUGCGUGGAGGGCUCACCGGAGUUCGACAAGUGGUACAGCCAGUGCACCCUCAUGUCCAACGCCGGCAUGGGCCCGGCGCUUCCAGCCCCCACCGGCGACGGCACCGACGGCGACACUGGCCUCAUCGGCCCCGACGCCGCUGGAUGGUACAACACGGACCAGUACGCGCUGGAGGUGAUCUUCCACAACCGGAUGAGACGGUACCCGUGCCUCACGGGCAACCCGUCGUCGGCCACGGCCGUGUACGUGCCGUACUACCCGGCGCUGGAGCUGCAGCAGCACCUGUGCGGCGACACCAACUCCGACGCCCGCGACAGGCCCUCGUCGGAGUUCAUCCAGUGGCUCUCCUCCCAGCCGCGCUGGACCACCCUCGGCGGCCGUGACCACUUCCUCGUCGCCUCCAAGACCACCUGGAUGUUCCGCCGCCUCGUGCAGCAGGGCGCUGGCGGCGAGAAGAAGAACAGGUACUGCGGCAACAACUUCCUCGACAGCCACCCGGAAACCGCCAACAUGACGGUGCUCACCUACGAGUCCAACCUUUGGUCCACCCGCCGUGAGGACUUCGCCGUGCCUUACCCGAGCUACUUCCACCCGUCGUCCGCGGAUGCCGUGUCGGCAUGGCAGGCGCGCGUCCGGAGCGCGCCCAGGCGCUGGCUUUUCGCCUUCGCGGGCGCCCGCCGCGCCAACGGGUCGCUGCCGAUCCGGGACCGGAUCAUCGACGCCUGCGCUGCCAGCUCCCGGUGCGGGCGCGUGGACUGCGGCGAGGGCCAUGGCGACCUGGAAGGCUACAUCACGUGCCGGACGCCGCGGCGACUAGUCUCCAUCUUCGGCGCAUCCCGGUUCUGCCUGCAGCCAAGGGGGGACUCCUUCAUGCGCCGGUCCUCCGUGGACGCCGUCAUGGCAGGCUGUGUCCCGGUGUUCUUCCACCAGCCGUCCACCUUCAAGACGCAGUACCGUUGGCACGAGCCGGACCCGGAGAAGAAGAUCAACGGCGGCGAUGAGCGGCGGUACUCGGUGCUCAUCGACGCCGACGAGGUGAUGCAAGGGAAGGUGGACAUCGAGGAGGUGCUGGGUAGGUAUACUGACCAGGAGGUGGCUGCUAUGAGGGAGGAGGUGAUCAAGAUGAUCCCCAGGUUUUUGUAUAAGGAUCCCAGGGUGAGGUUUGAUGGGGAGACGAGGGAUGCGUUCGAUAUCGCCAUUGAUGAGGUGUUGGAGAGGGUGAGGAGAAUCAAGAAUGGAGAGGAUCUAGGUUUGGAAGAUGCUGAUGGUCAGCUGGUGGUCGCCAAAGAUUUGUGACAUUGUUUCAUUAUUGGGCGAAAAUUUUGUACUUGUUUUGUUUGUCGUGCCAUGGUAAUGUUGUUUACUGUACAUGUAUGCAUCAUAGUUUAUGUCAGUGCCCUAUAUCAUGGUAUGAUAA